AUGAUCGGGAAAUCCUCCUGGGAUUGGCUAGGCUUUUUCUUCCCCGCAUUCGAUUUAAUCACCCUCAAUGCAUGCAGAGCGAACCUCAUCGAGGGAUCGUCCAGAUACCCCAGCGGAUGGUUCCGAAUACACCUAUUCCCUUUCGGCACAACAGUCGUAGCGAAUGGUCCUGAACUCGUCGACGAACUCUGUAACGCGCCAGAUGACGCGUUCUCGCUUGCGGAUUUUGCUGAGAAAAUCCUUCAUAUUCGAUAUACCAUCUCGCCAACACUCAGACAAUCUCGGUAUCACAUUCCAAUAGUCCGAAACACGCUUACGCGGAAUCUUGGGGUUCUCUUUUCUGCUCUCGUCGACGAGAUGAACGCUGCGUUUGCCGAUUCUGUGUUUAAUUUCGAUUCCGAUAUCGGGGCAAAUGGACGGAAAGGGGAGGGCGAGUGGAGGGGCGUUGUGGUGCAUAGGAAUAUAAUGAAGCUGGUCUGUAGGGUGACGAACAGGGUAGUCGUUGGGGCGCCAUUGUGUCGAAACCGGGAAUAUCGCAACUUGAAUAUUGAUUUCACGAUGGACGUGGCGAAAAGAGCGGUCUUUAUUAACCUCUUCCCAGCGUUUCUUCACCGUCUCAUAGGCCCCCUACUCUCUAAAACUAAGAAAUAUCAACGUCAAAUGCGGCGUCUUGUGGGCGAUAUGAUUGAAGAACGCAAGGCAAAACUCUCCAAGGAUAAACAUUACGAGGACAAGCCGAAUGAUUACCUGAUGUGGCUCAUCGAGCAGGCUCCAUCAGGGGCCGAAGGGACGACGGAAGCCCUCAUCGUCCGUCUGCUCCAGAUGAAUUUCUCGUCGAUUCAUGCGACCAGUAUGACCUUAACACACGCGAUCUUCUAUCUGGCCACAUAUCCAGAGUACAUCCCUCUUCUGCGCGCAGAAGCCGAUGCGGUGAUUAGCGAGGACGGAUGGACGAAGAAGGGUAUGCAGAGGAUGAGGAGGUUGGAUAGUUUCUUGAGGGAGAGCUCGAGGAUUAAUGCCGUCACCCUUACUUCGCUCAACCGUUACGCCCUCCGGGACUAUACUUUCCAAGACGGGACUUUUAUACCCAAAGGCACCUUUGUUACCGCAUCGCUUCAUUCUCUUCAUAUGAAUGACGGGACAUACGAGGACGCGGAGAAGUUCGAUCCGUGGAGGUUUGUCGAGAAGGGGGCGAAUGAAGAGGUUUUGGAAGAGAGCAUGGCGCGUCAGUUCACGAGCACGAGCGCGGAAUAUCUGGCAUUUGGCUCGGGAAAACACGUAUGCCCAGGGCGAUUCUUCGCAGCGAACGAGAUCAAAGCAAUUCUGUGUUACUUUAUUCUGAAUUAUGAUCUUAGGCUUCCGGGUGGUGUCACAGAGCGUCCGCCUAACCAAUAUUUUGGAACGUCUGUUCUUCCGAAUCAGAGGGCCGAGGUUUUGUUCAGGCCACGGAGGAGGGCGUGAGCGGGGAUGUAAUCGAUUCAGAAGGUGAUUAUUUGGG